CGCCGGCUCCCAUUGGCCGCGGCGCGCUCAUUUAAUGGCAGCCCGGGCCCGGCGUAUGGCUGCUGGGCCCCGCGCGCCGCCGGCCCCGCGUGCGCCUCCGCUCCGAGCGCACGGCCUCGGGCAGGCAGUGGGCAGCCAGUCCCGGGCUCGGCGGCCCCGCUCUCAGGCCCUCUCCGCGCGCCUGCGCUCCCGGCGCUGCCCCCUGCCCCCCUCCCCAACGGCCCCCCUCCGCGCCCCCCUCGGCGCCUCGCUCCCCCCGGGCACCUGGGACCGGCACAUGCCCAGCGCACGCGGCACGCCGCGCUGCUAGAAGUUGCAGCCCCGGAGUUGGGAGGCCGCCGAGGACCCAGUGCAGGAGGAAGGAGGCAGCGCGCGGCGGCGGCCGGCGAGGAGGAGGCAGAGAGCCCGGGGCCAGGCCCCGCGCACCGCUCGCGUCCCGAAAAGUGGAGCUGCAACUUGGCCACGACUGCACCUGUUUGCACCGCUCAGCCGAGGCGACCGGGCUGCGGCGGCGGCGGCGACCCCGGCCAUCGCCCCUCUCCGGCGAGUGGUUGGAGCACGAGGAGAAACUUUGCACCUGUGAGCCGGACCUGCGCUGAGUGCGUGUGUUUUUGCCUCUUGUUUUGUUGUCAGUGCUUCCUCCUCCCCCCACUCUUCUCUCUGGUAGGACUUCUCCCCCUCCCCACGUCUCGCUCCGUUCCACUGAGCUCCUGUCCAUCCCUCACCCCCCCGGCCGUCUAUGCUCCUGGCCCUCCCCGCGCGGUGCCGGUGAACCCGCGGGCCGCCCCGAUGUACAGCAUGAUGAUGGAGACCGACCUGCACUCGCCUGGCGGCGCCCAGGCCCCCACGAACCUGUCGGGCCCGGCCGGGGCGGGCGGCGGGGGCGGCGGCGGCGGGGGCGGCGGCGGCGGCGGCGGCGGCGGCGGGGUCGCCAAGGCCAACCAAGACCGGGUCAAGCGGCCCAUGAACGCCUUCAUGGUGUGGUCCCGCGGGCAGCGGCGCAAGAUGGCCCAGGAGAACCCCAAGAUGCACAACUCGGAGAUCAGCAAGCGCCUGGGCGCCGAGUGGAAGGUCAUGUCCGAGGCCGAGAAGCGGCCGUUCAUCGACGAGGCCAAGCGGCUGCGCGCGCUGCACAUGAAGGAGCACCCGGAUUACAAGUACCGGCCGCGCCGCAAGACCAAGACGCUGCUCAAGAAGGACAAGUACUCGCUGGCCGGCGGGCUGCUGGCGGCCGGCGCGGGCGGCGGCGGCGCGGCCGUGGCCAUGGGCGUGGGCGUGGGCGUGGGCGCGGCGGCCGUGGGCCAGCGCCUCGAGAGCCCGGGCGGCGCGGCGGGCGGCGGCUACGCGCACGUCAACGGCUGGGCCAACGGCGCCUACCCCGGCUCGGUGGCGGCGGCGGCGGCGGCCGCGGCCAUGAUGCAGGAGGCGCAGCUGGCCUACGGGCAGCACCCGGGCGCGGGCGGCGCGCACCCGCACGCGCACCCGGCGCACCCGCACCCGCACCACCCGCACGCGCACCCGCACAACCCGCAGCCCAUGCACCGCUACGACAUGGGCGCGCUGCAGUACAGCCCCAUCUCCAACUCGCAGGGCUACAUGAGCGCCUCGCCCUCGGGCUACGGCGGCCUCCCCUACGGCGCCGCGGCCGCCGCCGCCGCCGCCGCGGGCGGCGCGCACCAGAACUCGGCCGUGGCGGCGGCGGCGGCGGCGGCGGCCGCGUCGUCGGGCGCCCUGGGCGCGCUGGGCUCGCUCGUCAAGUCGGAGCCGAGCGGCAGCCCGCCCGCGCCCGCGCACUCGCGGGCGCCGUGCCCCGGGGACCUGCGCGAGAUGAUCAGCAUGUACUUGCCCGCCGGCGAGAGCGGAGACCCGGCGGCGGCCGCGGCGGCCGCGGCGCAGAGCCGGCUGCACUCGCUGCCGCAGCACUACCAGGGCGCGGGCGCGGGCGUCAACGGCACGGUGCCCCUGACGCACAUUUAGGGACGCGGGGACACUGCGGCCCGCGCCCGCGACGCGCGAGGAGGAGCGCGCGGCCCGCCCGAGCGGCCUUGCUUUUGUACAGACGCUUCCACGGUCUCGGGAGGAGGAAGACACUGGCCACGAGCGCGGGCGACGCACGCCCCCGGCUCGCCUUCCCCGGAGCCCCGGGGGACCGCCGGGCGCGGACACAGCCUGCGGUCUGGACUGACUCCGGUGUUUCUUGAGACUUUUUGUACAGUAUUUAUCAUUCACGGAGGAGGCAGAAAUCGUUUUCUUUGCUCGAGGGGACAAAGCCCAAACCCAGGGAGAGGCGACUCCAACUUCUCUAGCCCGGCCAGCGCGCCCGCUCUCAUCCUGCAUCGCUUCCUGCCGGCGUUUGGCGGCCCUAGACCCGGCGCCAGGGAGCUGCUCUCAUUUGUUAUCGAUGUAGUAAGGCAGAUCCAAACACUUACGAGUUUUUUGUAGUUGUUACCGCUUUUUUGGGUUGGUUUGUUAAUUUAUACAAAGAGAUCUCCCCACUCCUUUCAGAUGGCAGCGUUAUACCCUGGGUUUUUGUAAAACUUUCUGUAUCUGAGCAUUUCCAUUUUUUUUUUUUGUUUUGUAUUAUUUCUUGUAAAUGCAUUGUGAAAUUUUUAUUUUAGGCGUUGCGGUGUGGGGAGGGGGAUUCAGAUUAUGUACAUAAUUUCCUAAAAAAGCCUUUCUUCUAAGACCGAGAAAAGACCUCUCCUUAAAAAAAGAAAAAAAGAAAAAAAAUGCAUCGAGUUUUGAGUCAAUAAAUUUAAGAGAGAAAAAAAAAGCCCAGUUUCCCCCCAUAAUUUGGAACGUGCUAAUUUUAUAUGCAUGUUUUGUGAGCUCAAAAUACAAUUAGCAAAUCUGACGGAGGAGGAAGAAAUUAUCAGCAUAAACUAAAAGUAAGGGUUCCUCAGGGGGGAGGGUACAAUCUUCAGGGAGCUUCUUUCAGUGGAAGGGAAGAAAGUUUAAAUCAUAGAUUAUUUUGUAAUGUUUACUGUGUUAAUACGGAUCAAGAAAUAAUUACCAGGAUAAAAAAAAAAACACCACCCCCUCAUUUUAUAGUCUGGCUCUUUGGUGUGUUAUUUGUAACUGUGGGCUGACCCGGCGGGCUCUGCGUCCUCCAGCUGGCCUGGGAUCUGCCCAGUUUGGUCUGGAGGAGGAAGACCCCAAUGGCGGGACCGGCCUCGGAUGGAUGACAAAGACCACCGCAGGGUCACCGAUGCCCCCAGUUUCCCCUGCAAUUAACAAGAUUGCAAAUGGAGUUUAUCUGAAUUUGGCUCAAGGAAACACUCUUUGAACCAAAAUAUCCUGCAAUGGGGCCCACUCCCUCUCUCCUCAGCCCCUCCCUCUGGAUUAUUUCUCCUUGGGAAAGGGCAAAAGGAUCUUGAAUUCUCUCUCUCUGCCACCCCCCCCUACACACACAUUCACUCGACCACCCCCCAUCCCCAGAGUGAACUGGGGCACAUGGAAUGUGGCAUUUAUUAUUCUCGAAGAGAUCAGAGGGUGUUUGAUGCUUUAAAUUUUUUAAUUCUAUUUUUUCUAGGUGUUUAUGGGCACACUGCAGUUUUUUUCUGGAAUUUAAAGUUUUCUGUAAAACUUUGUCUUCAAGUAAUCUGACAGCAUUAAAUAUUGCAUUUAAAAGUUAUACUGUAGCCAAUACAUUUUGAACUUAGUCACAACAUAAAGAUGAAAUUAUAUUUUUGGAGGAAAAAAAAAAGCCUUGAGGCCACAUCAAAACAUGUUGAUUUCAUCAGCCUAGGCCUCCCCUUCAUUUUCUUUCCUUGUCCGGGAAUGAGCACAGAUGAUCCAGCCCAGAAUGGGCCUCCGCUAGCAGGUCAAUGAACACUGCACUGAGCCUGCAGGAGAGAAUAGCUUUAAGUAAAAUGCUGACCUGGCAAUUGACAUGUGUAAUUUUUUGGAGUCAUUUUGAUAAUUUUGCUUAAACCGUGCAUUUUUUAAGUGAGUGCAAAAAUCUCAAGAAUGAUGUCCACUGCUUCUAACGAGAUAAUAAAAUCCCUUCUUUUUUCUUCCCUUUUUUUUAAAAAAAAAAAAACCCUUAGAAAUCCGAUCCUUUGUGAAGCUGUGGCUCCUGAAAGUGCUUGGAUAUAUAUGGAUUGCUGAGGCGAUCGGCACCUUGAGAUAGUCAGGGGAUACAUGAAUGAAGGCCACAUGGGGUCUCCUCUGGGAGAGCCUGCGAGGCUCUGAGAAUUCACCACACCCAGCUUAGGGAGCAGGCCGUGCUGACUGAAAUGUGCAGUUGAAUAGACUCUCUGGGUUCUUUUGCUGCCUCCUAAUCUCUGCGUCCCCCGCAUUUACUAAAGGGGCAGACAGAUGCGGCCAUGCUCACAUAUGCGUUCACAGCCGGUUUGUAUGUGGGCUCAGCUGCUGGCAUCCAAGUCUCGGCUCACCACACUGUUAGCAAUGUGGGUCCCCCGGAAGUGUUUCCGACUAAAAAGUUUGCAGUAGGCAGGAGCUCCAGCAGAGCUGUCCCUUGGUUUCUUGGAAGGCGGGCUCACGGCUUGGCCCUUGGGCGCAGGUGUCUCCUGCACGGCUGAAAUGCAAGGCCAGGUGCUGGGAGCCACUUUGGUAAACACCCAGGAAGACCUUCCGGUAGGGAUUCCUGGAACGUCGCGUGAUUGUAUUUGUUUUGUUGACUAGAACGUGGUGAAAGGCAAAUUUAAAUUGGCUCAUGACUCUCUGUAGAACUAACCCGGACUGGGGGGAGCCGACGGUGGCUAGGAUUCAUCUCGGGAUCCAGACCCCAUCACCCCAGCUGCGCCUCUCCAGCUCACGCUGGUGGAAGAAAGGUUCCACGAGGCCCCGCAGACGUCUCGCUCCGCGGGGCCUGCUUCUCGGCCCGGUGCUGCUCCCCGCAGGCACGAAACCACGUCGUGGCGAUGAUUUUUACACGGCGGCUUCACUCGCUCCCCAAACCACGGGGUGGUAUUUCUAGCGCUUCCUCCAAUUCCGCUCGGAGACCGUGUGGAGAACGCGAAUGGGACUCGUUUGGGGUCUCGUACAAAGUUUGCAGAACUUCGUGCUGCGGCGACCGCGAGAACCGCUCUUAAACCCGGCCCUGGCCGCGGCCCGGCCGUCCACGCUGCGCGGGGUGCGGUUUGCCGGAGGGGGUUUUCUCCUCCUCCUCACCG